AUGAAUCGUAACUACGAAGCACUACGAGAGCAGGCUCUCUCCGAGCCUCCUCGUCAGCUCGAGAUUCGGUUCGCGGAUGAUAUACCAGUUGCGAUCCCAUGUCUGCAAGAAGCGAUGACGAUCUGCAUUGAGUAUUUUGACGAUCCAUACGUAUUCCAAGGCCUAGUCUUUUUCUUCAGCGCCCUCCUCUCCCCCCAGUCCUCACACGGUCCGCAGAACGAACAAGAGGUCCUGGAACUGUGGGAGUUGCGUUUGGAGGAACUUUCAAAUCCCAAUCACGAUGCGUAUCGAGACGCCGAGACCUGCGGACGAGUGGAUGCAGUCAUUGGGCAAAUCUCUCCAUGGGCAACAUACAAACAUCUCCAAGGUAUGGUUGCUUUUUUUCUUUUGGGCGAUCCUCAAUCGAUAGAUCGAUGGGUCUCGCCGAGUUACGCGAUCGUCAAUCGAGGUCAUGACUGGAUCGUGCGUUGUGCUCUGGAGAGCGAUAUACCAGAGCACGUCAGGGGUUGGCUCCAACUCAUGUACCAGAAGCAGCCCGAAAAAGUCAUCGAUACACCAAGCUACGAAGACAUUGUAGGAACUUUCACAUUCGAGCAGAGCUUGUGGAACGCUGACCUUGUCGUUGGCUUGGGCGGUAUCGUCCCAGUCAUCAAAUUUUACCUUCGACAGGCCAUGACCAUUGCUGACCACUGGGAGGCAUGGGUAUCAGCAGAUAUGGGUUUUUUGGCAUCACAGUCUUGUAUGCCUGACUACUCGUGGUGUGUAGCGAUCUACAAGGCGAUGUGGCAGCAGUUCAAGAAAGACCUGCGGGAUCCUUUCUCUGAAUAUCCCUAUCAGAUUCGGGAUCAGCUGAAGCUGCUUAGCUACAUGCGAGUCUUCGAGGAAUGUUGGCAGUGGGUGCAUCUCGAGGCUGGAGGCAUACCUGCCGAUGGAUUCGACGGUCACAACGUGCGACUACAGGUGCACAAUAAUGUGCUUGCCAAAGUACGAGACGAACUCCAAUCUUACGGCACUGAUGUUACAGCAGUCCUUGACCGAGAAUUUAGUUUAAAGAGUUUACUUGAUGAACAAAGGAUCAUACACAUCACGCACACCGACAGCUAUCCGUAUCUGGAUGAUAUUCAGACUCUUGAAAACGGCCUGUGUAAGUGGUUCUACCCUCACCUUCCAGGCAUGACCCAAGAGCAGUAUGAUGCACGCUACCCAGUAACUGAGCCGGACGACGACAUGGACAGCGUUUCGGAGAUGAAUUUCCACUACGAGGAAUUCGAGCUGGACGACGUCGAAGUAGAGGCGUAUGGAGCUAGACUCGGCCUUGCUGAUUUCGCACUUGAUAAACAGCCUGGUGCAGAUGAUAUCUGUACCAUCUGUCAAGCUGUCAUUGGCUUGGGUGACUCGGCUGAGCAGCGUUGUGUUGGUCCCUUUGGGUGUCUGGAUAUCUUUCAUGCUGAGUGCCUAGAUGAUUGGGUGAACGGUGCGUCAAAGACGUCCAAUCUGUGCCCAAACUGUCAGACAGAGAUCACAACGCAACAGCGACCGCACCGACCAAAACAGUAG